AUGGAUUCUUGCCCAGUGGCCACUAUUCACGAGACUAAUGAUUACCUAAAAUGUGUGUAUCAAGGCUGUAGACAUGUUGUAUCACUUUACCAGUGGGCACCGCUUGAAGGAGCGCUAAAUCUUCGCUGUUUCCAAGAAAUAGCCGCCAAGCGCCUUGCUUUGUUACAAUAUAUAGAUGAAACUUAUCGGGGAGGACGGAUGAAAGCCACAAGUGAAGCUAAUAAAUUAACCAGCGACACUAAAUCGGGUAACUGCAACAAACUUUCAAAUUUUAUUGAGGAUAAGAUGGAGAAUUUUGGAUUCGCGCUGAGAAAAAAUUCAAUAUUUAAUUCUACGGCGGAAGAAAGACUUAAAUUGGCACAAGUCGACAUCAUAUCGCAUUUCAUACUUCGAUUAGCAUUUGCAAAGGAUUGGAAUAAGAAGGAAUGGUUUCUGAAGCAGGAAUCUCGUUUAUUGGAAUUUAGAUUGGAACAUUUGAGGGGUUCUAAAUUGAUAAACACCGAUGGUGUGGCUAAUUUGGAUAUAUUUUUGAUAAGAGAGGAGAUUGAAUAUAAAACUAUCCAAAGACCAAGUGUGAUAAAUGACAUAUUAUACUCCUCACCUAAGUACCAAUUGUGGAGUGAUUUCAUGUACCAAAAGAAGGAAUCUGGGAGUAUAUCAAAACUAUACCUGGUUCCAUUUUACCCAGAUGGCAUGAAUUUAGUCAAGAAUCACAAAGUUGCGCUUAAUGAUAUGACUGCUUAUGUUCCCUAUGAUUUCCUAAUCCAAGCAAUAGUCACCAAAUUCAAACACGAUCUCAAUCAAUCACUAGAAAUGCUAGAGUCCAACAUGGAGUGGAUUUAUACUGAGAUUUUUUCAGAUGAAAGGCUAGGGCCAUUUUUGCGUGUCUUACCAUCUACCUACUUGGCAAACGAUUACGAGAAGACAUUGGAUGUAGAUGAUGGUACCAGAUUGACUAUUGCAAACAUCAACAAACUUUACAAGAUUGCAUUUCCUCCGUGCAUGAGGAGGAUUUUCGAACAAUAUUUGGUAGAUGGCAAAAUGAAACAUUGGGCCAGGCAGCAAUUGUGGCUUUUUUUCAAGGGAGCCGGAAUGGGACUAAACGAUUCACUUGCGUUGAAUAGAUCAAUUUGGAGCAACCCAUCAAGCUUUGAUAAAGAGCACAGAUACAAUCUACGACAUAUGUACGGACAGGAAGGUAGAAGAGUUACUUACCCCCCCUACAGUUGUUCAAAAAUCAUUAGCGUAUUACCACCCCCAACAGGAGGUAGUACCCAUGGCUGUCCAUUCAAACUAUAUGACAAACAGGGGUUGUCAAAAAUGUUUAAGGGUUAUGGUCUUAGGGAACCGCAAAUUGAGUCGAUCCUAGAAUACACUAAUACACACCAAUACCAAUUGGCUUGUGUCGAAUACCUUUUACAAACCUGCCCCAAUUCCAGCGGAGACGGGGUUGGUAACCACCCUAAUGCAUUCUUUACAGCCGCUAUCAAGAGUAUAUCCAAAUCAGUAGAUGAUACGAAUAAAAACAGCACUAGUAAUAAUAACGUUAAGAGAUAA